UAGUCUUGCGUCAAAACUACGAUCGCACGCAUCGCGGUUGACUGAUCGCUGCCGCGACGGGAAGGCACUCUUCGUUAUCGCUCGCCGUGCAGGUGUUUCUCCGUAUCGCACCUCUCCGUUAUCUCGCGACGUGAUAAUCUUGCACGAUAAUCCUGGCGUCAAUCGGCGAUAACGUUGCUCGUUAAGGUCGAUGGCACCAGCGGCGUCAAUUAACAAUUCGGAUCUAAUCUAUGUAAAGCGUAUGCGUAAUUGCGCUCUGGAGUAAAUUUCUGUUUCUUACGCACAGAUUGUCGGCGGCUGAUCGCCCGAGCUUCCGACGCGAGGAGCAACGGGCGAGAGAGAAAGAGAGAGAGAGAGUCGACACUGCAAUCGCUCGGAGAUUCCGAAUUCCAAAUGUCGACGUUCAACGAUGACUUCGAGAGGCCGUUCGAGGACUUCGAGCCCCUGCAGUGGGGCGCGCUGCGCGAUUUGUGCCGCGCCAACGUCGAGUACUUCGCGGCCCACCAGGACAAGAACGGCGUGCGGAUCAGGGCCGCCCUCCUCGCGAUCCUCGACUACCUGACGCAGCUGCAGCCGCUGUACCGGGAGAUCGCCAGGUUCGCGCCGCACUUCGACUUCGACGAGGAGACGCCGGGGAACGGGUACCGGAGCUUCCUCUCGUUGGUCGACAAGUGUAUAAUGUAUUCCGGCCUGAUCUGCCGGCAGAUGUACAAUCACAAGGACUCCGUCUUCUUCCGCAAGAGCUACUACAUGAAAGAGAUUGAAGCGUGCUCCCAGCUAUUGGCGUCGCUCUAUACGUGCUUGCAGCAGCUGAAGAUGAUGUACACAUGGAGCACGGAAGUGAUGAGCGACGGAAAGCUGUCACUGUUUCCACUCGAGCAAUACAGUAUAGAAGAUCUUCUGACUAACGCGCAGAAUAUUAAUCAGUACUGCUUUUACGGCAGGUGCUUGGGCUUUCAGUUUUGCGACAGCCUAAGACAGGUGUUAAAAACGCUGUCGUUCUUUAUGGCAUCCUUCAGCGAGAUGUACUACAGCAAUGGUACAUUAUUAGGACGCUGUACCAAUUCCGUCAAGUAUUUAUUGGAUCCCGAAGCAAGAGCGCGUCGUAUUGUUAGUAUAUCUCAGGCCGCUGACAUUUCUUUCUGCCAGGCGUUUUGGUUUCUGAGCGAAUCCGCAAUAAUGAACAUGAUGAACACCUCAAAUUUAGCAAUCAACCAGGUAAUAUCUAUCCCGCCCGAGGAAUUAAUUCUCCCUACUUUGGAUGGCGGGACCGUUUCGAUUCCUAUACCAAAUAGUCACGUCGGGAAGAAACCGAUCCACGUUAGGUUGCUAAGCUCUAAACGGCGUCUGGGAAUGGUUGGUUCCGGCGGUAUAGGAGGAGAAUUACGUGGUCUAUGCGACGAACUAAUCAUUCAUACUCAUGGGGGCGGGUUCGUGUCGCAGACGUCACGAUCGCACGAAAUGUACCUACGAAAUUGGACCAUGACGCUCGGCGUGCCAAUCUUGAGCAUAGAUUACAGUCUAGCCCCAGAGGCACCCUAUCCUCGCGCGCUCGAAGAGGUGUUGUACGCUUAUGCGUGGGCAUUGAAGCAUGCAAACACCUUGCUCGGAAGUACAGCGAAAAAAGUGAUACUUGUUGGUGAUUCUGCAGGUGGGAACUUAAACCUAGGUACCACUUUGAAAUGUAUGCAAUUAAACAUAAGAAAGCCAGACGGUAUUUUUAUGGCGUAUACACCGGUACGCAUCGAAUUCGUCCCGUCGCCCUCUCGUAUGCUCUGUCUCACGGAUCCGUUACUACCGUUCGGUUUUAUGCUACGAUGCUUGAAAGCUUAUGCGGUGUCUGAGAAUAAGAAACCGAUAAAGGAACACGAGAAUGGUGAAGACGUCAAGUCGGAUACAGAGUCUUUUGCAGAAGUGAGCGAAAGUGACCUUAUAGCGUUAGCCCUGAGCCCAAACGGAGAGGGUGCCAACGAUGCUCAGAAAUUGAUGUCCCUUCCAUCUGACUCGACGUUAAAUUCUGUCAGCUUAACAGAAGUCGAUGCAGGUACCGAGAGUCCGAAAACGCAAGCGAAGUCUCGAGAAUAUAUCAGCAGAUUUUUAAACAUGUACAGAAAUUCCGGUCUUGCUUCAACGUCGUCCGCUGCGAGGAACGGCGGCGUUAGUAGAAAUGGCAACAAUUCGGGACAAAGUAACAAAUCGUGGUCCCUGUUCGGGUGGUCCUUCGGCAGAAGGAGUAGCAAGGACAGCAGGGAACUCAAUAUGGAGAACACCAUCUCUUCGGACGAGUUUCUCUUUGCGAUACCGUCGGAUCCCUUCUUAAGCCCUUAUCUCGCGCCAGAUAACAUGCUAGCUAAUUUGCCGCCCAUAAAGAUACUGACGUUACAUCUUGACCCUACUCUCGACGAUUGCGUCAUGUUGGCGAGGAAGCUCCGCUCGCUUGGCAAUAAAGUUACGCUGGAUAUUUUGCCGGGUUUGCCACAUGGAUUUCUCAAUCUUUUACAGGCUUCGAAAGAAGCAAUGGAAGGGUCAGAGCUUUGUGCCAGAAGGAUAAAAGAGUUGCUGGAACUGUAACUGUCCAAUAUUUAAAAAACUUAUUGUUAAAAAAUAUAUAUAUAUCGGUAUAUAUAUAUAUAUACCGAUCUAGAACAAGCGGAUGUACUUCAGUCUGUUGCAGCCACACAUAUUUAUACAGCGAAUACAGUUAUAUCUGAACGCGACUAAAUGUCUGUUAUUCGUUUUCAGCGGCUUAACUAUAUUUUGUAAUAUUCCAGGGAUUAGGCGUGUAAUAGACAAUGCUUUAAACUAGUGAUUUUCUACCGUAUUAGCUACAAUAGAUAUCACUGUUGUCACAUUGAUGUUAUAUAUCGUCGUGCUGUGCGGCAUUAUCUAAAGCGAAUUAGAACGUAAGAUGUUUUAAAUCCGAUAUCUGACCAUAUAUUAAUGACAAACGUCCUGUACAUAUGCAAAAAUAGUUAGCAUUUAUUUAUUCUGUUUUUUUUAAUAUGUAAAACUGUACUUUUACGAUUAUAUUUAUGAAACACCAUACGUUAGAUAGCGAAUUGAAACUUUUCUUUGCACGUUUCUCCGCGCGCGCGUGCACUUGUUCCUGCCAUGUUCAUUUUACAUGACAAUUUUUGAUAUGUAAAAUAUCCAAUGUGCAAUACACUUGUUUCUUACAAAUAUAUUUUUUAAUAUGCACGUAAUCGUUUUAAUCACCACAAUUUUCUAAGAGAGGCCGGCUUAAAUAUCGUGUACAACUUAUUUAAGCACAGUCCGAAUAGAAAGAGAUUGAUGGACAAUAAAAAUGAUAUGUACAGAAACUGCAGUCGUGCUGUUUUUUUUUCUACUUUCGUCGGAAAAUCUUUUGUAUACUGUUCUCUUCUUUCAACUCUUUGUUCCAACUUCGUAUCUUAAUCCAGUCAAGUGUUCUUCUUGUACACGCAACACACUCUUGUUUCUUACAAAUAUAUUCUCUAGCAUGCAUGUGAUCGUUUUAAUCACCACAAUUUUCUAGGAGAGGCUGGCUUGAAUAUCGUGUACAAUAUUUUUUAAACACAGUCUGAGUAGAAAGAGAUCGAUGGGCAAUAAAAAUGAUAUGUACAGAAA